CCACCACUUUCUGAGAGUUCCCGGUCAGUUUAGGCCCAUCCUGCAGCGUAGUGGCACGACAGACAACGGUGUUUCUCUCGGUUUUACCCCCAGAAUACACGCUUUGUUUGUCAUUUUAAGGACUCUGAACUGCGUGAGAUCUACCUAAGUGUGGACAGGGCCCUGGGACGACGGUUGCGCGGCAGGCAGCGGAAGAAUCGCCGAGGACAAGGUUGCAGAGCUCCGGUGGAUUUUAGCCUGUUUUGUUCCCAUGUUUUGGGCCGACCGCGAUCUUCCCAUUGAUUGAAACAUUCCAGUCUUACAGCCUUUCUUCUGGAGUUUGAGAUUUCUUGAGGGAUUUUUCGGGAGCCAGAAUAUUUUUGCGGUGGCAAUCUAGAGGAAAUCGGAGGAUAUUUGCAGCAGAGUGAGCUCAGGAAGGUUCGCGUGCAGAACGAGCAACUGGCAGACGAGAAAGGAUUUCUUCAAUUUCCUUUACUGUUGAGAUAGUGUCACGCCGUCUGCACUCUUAAGGCUUUCCUUAUACCCUCCGGAAUUUCAGCUGGAAUUCUCUCCAAAACCUGGACAUGGGACACUGGAAUACCACCAACAUUCCCAACAGUUAAAAAUGCCACUUUAAGGUUUUUUUUACCACUUUUGAGACGUCGCGAUUUCAGUACUUUAGAAACAAUGUUGCGGAAAAGUUGCUUCUUGUGGACUUCUUGUUCGGAUUUUUUACGGACUUUUGCAGUUUUGUGUUUCUUAUUGACACUUGUGCUGUGCCAGAAGAACACCAACAACAGCGUACUAGUUCUUGACCUCCUGAAGACCCUGGAUGUGAACUCUGGCAUGGUGGGGAUCUCCACCACAUCUGGCAGCCGACCAGGCCAGCCAGGCUGGCGUUUCCACUCCACGGUCAAGGAACUCUCUCUACCGGCCUCCGAGGUCACCAGGCUCGCCUCCAAACCCUGCCAGGCUCUUGGCUUCAUCUUCAUGGCCAGGCAGUCCAAAAACUCUGACGGCGUUCUCCUCUCCAUCUACUCGCCGUCUCUCGACAAGGACGGCGAAGACGGGGGAACGUUCUUCGAGAUCGGCUCGGACUUGACCCGGAAUCAUCUCAGGCUGACCUACAGAACGUUGGGCACGCUGACCGUCAUCCACGAGAUUUUCAGGCCGUCGCCAUUCCGCGAUACGAGCAAGUGGACGCAGCUGGCGGUACACGUGGGGGUGGAUGCGGUCCGGGUGUACGUGGACUGUCAGGACGUGAUCGAGAGGCCGCUCAUCCCCAGCUGCCGCGUCAAGAUGCCGCAGGACAGCACCGUGUUCUUCUCACAGAACUUCGAGCGCGAGAAAUUCACCGGUUACUGGCAGGAGGCAAAGAUGGUCAUCAACGGUUUCCAGGGGCGACCGUGGUACUGUUUCCAAGACUACUACAACGUGACUGCAGCUGUGGAGGAGGCUAACAAGGAGCUGCAGGUGCUGCGGGAGUCAGCUCAAGGGUCGCCUCUCAGGAUUGGCCAAGACCCUGGAGUCCAGUCACAGGGUUUCCCUGUGGCAGUGGGGGGACAGAACCAGGAUAUAACCGGGGAGAGGGUGUCCAAACUGGAACGUACCAUCGACGGACUCACCCUCAUGAUCAACAUGAUGAAACAACAGAGCUUUUUUAAGGGAAACAGAUGA